UCAAACCGCCAAUUCAAAAAAGCACUCUCAUAAAUAUUCUUCCACAAUGAUUAUUCAGAAGCCCAAAAAUUUCCGCAUUCUGAUCAUCAAUGGCGUCUCCCCUUUCAUUCUUCUCUCUUCUCUCAGUCGCUCUCGCUGCAACGCCGCCCUUCGUUGCUUCUCAUCACUUCCACGUCGGCGAAAACAGAGGCUGGUCAAACCCUACCGGAAACCACACUCAUAACUUCAACCUCUGGGCCUCACAAAACCGCUUCCAUGUCGGCGAUACUCUCUAUUUCGAGUACCGAAACGACUCGGUUCUCGUGGUGAAUUACACGAAUUACAGGGACUGUAUCGUAACGGAUCCGAUCGCGAAGUUCGAGAAUGGAAGCGGCGGUGGUACGAUUUUCCGAUUGGAUCGAGAUGGAGAUUUCUAUUUCAUUAGUGGAAAUACAGAGCAUUGUUUGAAUGGGCAGAAAUUAGCAGUACGAGUGAUGGAUGAUGAUGAUGAUGAUGGUGAUGAAGAAUCUGCAGCUUCGCCGGAAGGAAUGGAGUCGUGGAAUUGGGGACCGCCGUCGCUGAAUUCGACGGUGAAGGCGACGUUGGCGUCGUAUUUGGCGACGGCGAUUGGAGGUUUUCUUAUUGUCCUGUAUUUGCUCACUUAGGAUUAGGAUUUGGAAUUGGAUUUGUGUUUUAAUUUAUAAUAUAUGAUUAAUCGCUGUUAUAUAUAAAUAGAAUACAUCAUUUCCUUAUCAUUUCCUCCCUUUUUUAAAAAAAGAAAAAAGAAGAUUAUUUAAUUUUA